AUGGCUUCAAUGUCUUCUAUCCACACAGCAGGCAACUCCAUUUUCUCUUCUACCAACUUUAAGUUUUCCUUUCCAUCUCCCUUCUCUCAUUUUCCUGUAAAGGUUUCUUCAUCCAGAAUCUCACCAUCAAAACUUAUCUUCUGUUUCAGUGCUCCAAGUUACAGUACGAGACCCAGACCCCGUCAGAACGCAGCUUCCAUACCAUCCCAACACAACAAGAACAAUUACAGAAAAUCCACUCUUGAUUCAAAGGGCGCCAAACCAUUACCUGAAAACCCAGAAACAAUUCCACCACCAAACGUUGAUUUGGUGUCUCUGUGUCAGGAAGGCAAAAUUAAAGAAGCAAUUGAAUGCAUUUCGCAAGGUGCCGAGGCUAGUUAUUAUGUGUUUGAAUCUUUGCUCAGUUCGUGUUGCAGUGCUGAAUCAGCUGAGCUGGGGAAGAAUGUGCAUGAGCUUAUUAUGAAGUCGCCAUUUAGUAGGAAUGUUGAGCUGAACAUUAGAUUGGUGGAGAUGUAUGUCAAGUGUGGGAACAUGAAGAGUGCCCGUAAAGUGUUUGAUAGGUUGCGUGACAGGAAACUGGAGUUAUGGCAUUUGAUGAUUGAUGGUUAUGGGAAAAAUGGGGAGGGGAAGAAUGGGCUGCUUUUGUUUGAAAAUAUGAGGAAAGCAGGGAUUCUGAAACCGAAUGGAGAGACAUUUUUGGCAGUUUUAUCAGCCUGUGCUAGUGAAGGGGCCGUGAAGCGAGGGUUUUUGUACUUGGAGAUGAUGAGAGAUGAAUGUGGAAUCAUGCCAGGGAUGGAGCAUUAUCUGGGAGUCAUUGAAGUUCUGGGUCAAGCCGGCCAUUUAAAUGAAGCUUUGGAGUACAUUGAGGAUCUGCCAAUGGAGCCUACAGUUGAAGUUUGGGAGGCAAUGUUGCGCCUUGCCCGAAUACACGGAGAUUUGGAGCAUGAGGAUCAUGCUGAGGAGAUGUUGAUGAAGUUUGAUCCCAGUAAAGCUCCAGCUGGUAAACUUCCUACACCAUUGCCCAAGAGGAAUUAUGAGUUCAAUAUGCUUGACGGGAAGGACAGAGCCAUUGAAAUAAGAUGCAUAGAUCCUUACAAAGAAGGUGGAAAUGAUAAAUUCAGAGGCCUAAAUGGGCAGAUGAGGGAUGCCGGGUACGUUCCUGAUACAAGGUAUGUACUUCAUGACAUUGAUGAGGAGGCUAAGGAACAGGCUUUGAUGUAUCAUAGUGAACGUUUAGCUAUUGCAUAUGGUUUGAUUAGUACUCCAGCACGAACAACCCUUAGGAUCAUUAAGAAUCUCAGAAUAUGUGGAGAUUGUCAUAAUGCUAUAAAGAUCAUGUCUAAAGUUGUUGGCAGGGAAUUGAUUGUUAGGGAUAAUAAAAGGUUUCAUCAUUUCAGAGAUGGCGUAUGUUCUUGUCGGGAUUAUUGGUAA